AGAGGAAAAGAUAAAUAGAAAAAUGUAUAACAACACCGUUAGAUAUCAUUACUCAGCAUGGGUGCCUCGUGGAUCAAGAAUAAUGGAUGAAGACACGUCAGUGAAAUCAGUGAAUAUGGAGGAUGAAAAUUAUGUGAAGCAA